UAGCCAAUGAAAAGAAAGAAUACUGACACACCUCCAGUUUACACGUCACGAGAUCAGUUUUACACAGCGUCGGUUCGUGUUGAGUUAAUUUGUGCAUUUUUUCGCAAUUUAAACCCGGAUUUAUUUACAGUUUGCAAGUAAACUUACACAGGACCAAGAAAGAUGUCUAGAUUUCCAACCUAUCUGACCGCUGACCAAGAGGAUGAAUUGAAGAAUAUUGCUAAUGCCAUCGUGGCUCCAGGGAAAGGUAUCCUAGCAGCUGACGAGUCCACAGGCACCAUUGGUAAGAGGUUUGCCAGUAUUAAUUUAGAGAACACCGAGGAGAACCGACGCCGGUACCGUGAACUGCUGUUUACCUCGGACUCUGUGGUGGCCGAAAACAUCAGCGGUGUCAUUCUUUUCCACGAGACUCUUUACCAGAAAACAAAAGACGGUGUACCUUUUGUCAAAGUCCUCCAAGAUAAAAACAUCAUUCCGGGAAUAAAAGUAGACAAAGGAGUUGUAAUAUUGGCAGGAACUGACGCAGAAUCUACAACGCAAGGUCUAGAUGGUUUGGCGGAAAGAUGCGCUCAGUACAAGAAAGAUGGAGCGCAGUUUGCUAAAUGGAGAUGUGUUCUUAAAAUAGGCGAACACACGCCGUCCUAUCAAGCUAUGAUGGAAAAUGCCAAUGUUUUGGCAAGAUAUGCCAGCAUCUGUCAAAUGAAUGGACUCGUUCCCAUUGUUGAACCGGAAGUUCUUUGUGACGGGGAACACGAUUUAUACACGGCACAGAAAGUUACAGAACAGGUACUUGCAUUCCAAUACAAAGCUUUGAGUGACCAUCACGUUUUCUUGGAAGGUACUUUACUUAAACCUAACAUGGUGACAGCGGGUCAGAGUUGUAGCAAAAAAUUUACUGCAGAGCAAAAUGCGAAGGCUACCGUAGAAGCGUUGAGUAGAGCUGUUCCUCCAGCCAUGCCAGGUGUUGUCUUCCUAUCCGGUGGUCAGUCAGAAGAAGAUGCCACGUUAAAUCUGAAUGCCAUUAAUGCCUGCCCUGGACCUAAACCAUGGGCUCUUACCUUCUCAUUUGGUAGAGCCUUACAGGCCAGUGUUCUUAAGGCUUGGAAAGGAGACGAUGCUAAUCGUGCGGAUGCCCAGAAAAUGCUUAUUACAAGAGCAAAGGCAAACGGUCUCGCAGCCUUGGGACAAUACAAGGGCGGUAUGACCACGGCAGCCGGCGGGGAAUCACUUUUUGUUGCCAAGCAUCAAUAUUAGAAUAUAGAAAUUUUACAUAUAUCUGGGAUAUAUUCAUGAAUAUAAUAUAUGGGACCAAAUGAAAUCUACGCAGUAACUAUACGUUACAGCGGAUGACUUUUGCACAUCGUAGUCAAUGCUUUGUUCAUCUUUGGUUUUAAUCACAUGUGCAUGCAAUCAGUUUUAUGAUGCAUUUAUGUUCAAAACGUUAUUAAUUUGAUAGCAAAAUAUGUAACCAAACAACCUUAACCAGAUCCUGGAGAGGUGUUUUAACAAUUCUUAUAAGUACUGGUAUAUAUUGCACUCUUUUUUCAUUUUUUUAAUGAUUCCUUAUUAGUUUGUUACCAUUUAUUGUUAAGAUUACUUGUAUGCGAUCCAAUUCUUCAAUGUUUUUUUAGCCAGUCACUUUAAAAUGUCAGUGCCUUUUUAAGGUAGAGAAACGAAAAACGUGCCAUGUAAGUAAAUUGCACACAACUGCACUAAAGGCAUAGCUGAUAACUGCAGAAAUAUAUUGUAUGAAUAUAUCUGUGACGGAAAACAAGAAAUUUAUCAACAUUUCUUUCACUUUCAAAACAAUAAUAAAAUUCAUUAAAUGACCAGUCCUCAUUUAAACUUUGAAUAUUUUUACACUUUCUUUAGACGUUUGAUAUAAAUAAUUAUUAAUCGAACACGUAGCGUAAGAAUGGGACGCCUAGUGUAACAGUGGAACGCCUAGUAAGUGGAACACCUAGUGUAACGCUUGAGAAUGUAAUGUAACAAUUGAGCACCAAGUGUAAUAGUUGAAUACCUAAUAUGACAUUUAAACGCAAAGUGUAACAUUUGAUCACUUAGUAUAACAAUAGAACAAAAAGUGUUAAACGGAAAACAUAGUGUAACAACGGAACACAUAGCCUAACAAUGGAACACGUAGCGUAAAAACGGAAAAUAUAGCCAUAGCGUAACAAUGAAACUCAUAGCGUGACAAUGGAACAUAGAGUAACAAUGAACUUGUAAGUGUAACAAUGGAUAAAUUGGCGACACAGUUUACAGCAUAAUUUUAAUUUAGAUGAUCAUCUUUAAUUCCUGCAUCAUUCAUCAUCAAGAUUAUUAUACUUUAUUCUGUUAUGGUCAAAGUGAUCAGAAACAUUUUUGUUAUGUAAUCUUUUUAAGGCGGAAAAUACAUAUUUUUGCAUUGAAUACUAUAAUAUGACAAUGUCUUUCUUUGAUACAUAAUAGAUUAUUUUAUCAUUGUCCAUGCUUGUUGUGCUUUAGGUUAUAUUUAAUCAUGGUUACUACGUUUUUAUUUGUCGUUUGGUUAAAACAAUAAAAUUAGAUAUAGCAAUUUAUGAUAAUUAUACGGAAUGCUUCUUAUCAUGUCAUUUUAAAAAUGCGAAUAAAGAGAUUCCUCUGA